UAAAAUGUUCUUUCCGUUCACGUGACACCAGAUUCUCGCGCCAUACGACGAGCCCCGCCUAGACGCUGCACGCUAAGCCGCUCUCAUUGGUGGAGAGCCCGGACAGACUCGCGCCAGUUUUUGCAGCCACACUCGAGUGUCUGUGCUUCAGUCUUCGGGCGGAGAAUUCCCUCUGUAAUCUAGAGUCUUCCUGCGCUUCAUCUCCGGGAUAAAGAUGGCCCCGAAGGAUUAUACGGCGGAGAAAGUGAACGGUUAGCGUUUUCUGUAGGAGUUUACUGAGGAUCUGCUGCUGCUGGUGUUUCAGGCGGUGGUGAAGGACGCGCUGGACGUCUACAUCGAGCACCGGCUGAUGAUGGAGGUCAGAGGUCGCGACCCAGCAGACACACGUGACCACAGGAAGCAGUACCCGCCCGAGCUGAUGCGCAGAUUUGAGGUGUAUUUCCGUCCUCCGGCGACGCUGAAGCCGCGGGUUGUGCGUGAUGUGAAGGCGGACAGCAUCGGGCAGCUGGUGACGGUCCGGGGAAUCGUGACGCGAGCGACUGAAGUCAAGCCCAUGAUGGCCGUCGCUACGUACACCUGCGACCAGUGCGGCGCCGAGACCUACCAGCCGAUCGCCUCGCCCAGCUUCACGCCGCUCAUCAUGUGCCCCAGUCAGGAGUGCGUCACCAACAAAUCCGGCGGCCGGCUCUACCUGCAGACACGCGGGUCAAAGUUCAUCAAGUUCCAGGAGCUGCGCAUCCAGGAGCACAGUGAUCAGGUGCCGGUGGGGAACAUCCCUCGCAGUAUGACCAUAUAUGCCCGUGGGGAGAACACGCGUGUGGCUCAGCCCGGGGAUCAUGUGGCCGUGUCUGGAGUGUUUCUGCCACUGCUGCGCUCCGGCUUCAGGCAGGCGGUGCAGGGUCUGCUCUCUGAGACGUAUCUGGAGUGUCACAGCAUCACUCUGAUGAACAAGACUGAGGAUGAUGAGCUGGGCACCGAGGAGCUGAGCGAUGAAGAGCUGCGCCAAAUCACCGAGGAGGAUUUCUAUGAGAAGCUGGCGGGGUCGAUCGCUCCGGAGAUUUACGGCCAUGAGGAUGUGAAGAAAGCCCUGCUGCUGCUGCUGGUGGGCGGAGUGGAGCAGGCGCCGCGCGGCAUGAAGAUCAGAGGGAACAUCAACAUCUGUCUGAUGGGUGACCCCGGCGUGGCCAAGUCUCAGCUGCUGUCCUACAUCGACCGGCUCGCUCCACGCAGUCAGUACACCACGGGCCGCGGCUCCUCCGGCGUGGGCCUGACGGCAGCAGUGAUGCGUGACCCCGUCACCGGGGAGAUGACUCUGGAGGGCGGAGCUCUGGUGUUGGCUGAUUUGGGCGUGUGCUGCAUUGACGAGUUCGACAAGAUGGCCGACGCCGACCGCACCGCAAUCCACGAGGUGAUGGAGCAGCAGACCAUCUCCAUCGCUAAGGCGGGCAUCAUGACGUCUCUGAACGCUCGCUGCUCCAUCCUAGCAGCUGCUAACGCUCGUCUGCGUAUGGUGUCGGUGGUGGAGAAGGAGGAUGUGAACGAGGCGAUGCGUCUGAUGGAGAUGAGCAAAGACUCUCUGCAGGCGGACCGGAGCAGCAGCAGCAGAGCUCAGCGGCCGGCUGACGUGAUCUUCUCUCUGCUGCGGGAGCUGUGUGGAGAGUCCGCGGGCCGCAGCGUGCGCGUGUCUGCAGCGGAGCAGAGGUGUGUGUCGCGCGGGUUCACCCCGGCGCAGUUCCAGGCGGCGCUGCAGGAGUACGAGGAGCUGAACGUGUGGCAGAUCAACCAGGCCCGUACACGCAUCACAUUCGUCUAACACGUAUGCACACCCACACACACACACACACACACACUCGCACACUCUUGUGCUGUUGUUGGUUCUGUUCUGGAGUGUGUGCUGUAAAUAGAGCUGGCACUGACACUGUUUUAAUAAUAAAGCUCCUCCUCCUGCUCCUCCUCCUGCUCCUCCUCCUGCUCUGCUGUUCUGACUCUGCUCCUGUGUGAGGGUCCGCUGUUGCCUGUAUAUUUGCGCUUGUUUGUUGUUGUUUAUUUUCUGCAAUAAAGAUGAUGACCGUC